UUUAAUCAUUAAGCCCCUGCAGCCAGCACCGUCUGCAGAGGCGAGGGGCCCACCUGUGGACGGGAAGGACGUGAAUGAAGCUGCUGGGCGCGGGCAGGGACACAGUGGCGCUGAGCCAACCCUGGCCCAGCACUGAGCAGGUGGCCUGUUCCUGAAUGGGAGGCAACAGGCAGGCUUUGUUACCUUCGAGCUGUCUCCCAAACUCAUUCAGACCCAGGACCACGUGUCUGAUGAGUAAGGAAUCCUGUUAUUUCCCUUCCCCAACGGGAAUGUUGGCGAAACCGCCUCUUUGGGAAUGUGCCUGUGUGCAGAGAGCAGCCAUCUCGGGGGAACUCCGGUAGCUGGCGUGGCCUCGAGGCCGCUGAAUAAGUCGUUAGAAGCUGGCACUGCUGGUUCCCAUUUCCGCAUUCCAGACACCCACAGCGCCGCCGGAGGAGGCACCACCCCAGGUCGGCCAAGGGAGCUGGGGCAGGUGGCCCUGGGCUGGGGAGAACCUGGGACAGGAGGCACACCUGGGGCCGCCUCAGAGCCACCUGCCUGCCGUGUGAGCAGGACCACGUCUGGGACGCCCGAUGCUGUCGGAAGACCUUCUAGGUUCGUGAGUAUCCAGGGCGUGGCAAGCAUGGCUGGGAAGACUCCUACACCACCCAGAGGCCACGGCGUGCAGCCUCUGCUCUGUCUGCCCCACUGAGCCGCUGCCUCUGCAGUGCCCCAGAUGACAGAUAGCUGCCUCCUGGGGGUGCUCCUGUGCCGCUGUCCACAGCGAUGGUGAAGACCUGGACUCUGCAGGCUCACCACCUCCAAGUGCACUUUCGGGGGCCAGCACCCUUUGUUCCAGGACUGGCGGGCCUGAACAAUGGCUGAGGGCCAGGGAACCCCUUAGACUUGUACCUCGACUUCCAGGGGCAGCAGCACUCUAGUGCCCAAGGACUAUGACCACCUAUCGGCCUCUUCCUAAUGAUGGUGUGGACCUGGCAGCCAGCUGUGGGGCUAGGGGCACCGAUACCCUCCCCGGGCCCCACCCUGGGGACUACACUCCCAUGGGAUUCUGGGCCCAGAACGGCAGCAUGGCCCAGCCUCUCAGUGAGAGCCCAGCUACUGCCACCACUCGCCCCAGCCCCACCACCCCAGCAAUGCCCAAGAUGGGCGUGCGUGCCAGGGUGGCUGACUGGCCGCCCAAGCGGGAAGCCCUGAGAGAACAGAGCAACCCCAGCCCCUCACAGGACACAGAGGGCAUGAAGCCCACCAAAGUGGCCCAUUCCAUGAGGAACCUACAGAAUGGACAGCUCCCCUCCAGCACCCCAGCCUCCUCAGGGUCCAGAGCCUUCCAUCGACUUUCCAGGAGAAGGUCCAAAGAUGUAGAAUUCCAGGAUGGGUGGCCCAGGUCCCCUGGCCGGGCCUUCCUCCCCUUGCGACAUCGGAGUAGCAGCGAGAUCACCCUCAGUGAAUGUGACGUGGAGGAAGCUGGAGAGCCUCGGGGGACCCGGCACCCAGGGGUGCUACCCCUCUUCCGAGAGUACGGCAGCACGUCCUCCAUCGACGUGCAGGGUGUGCCAGAGCAGAGUUUCUUUGACAUCCUCAACGAGUUCCGCAGCGAGCAGCCAGAGGCCCGGGGCUCCCAGAACCUCAGUGAGCUCCUGCGGGUGGACCCCGGCACACUCUCGGGGGGCGGCUGUGGAGCCAAGGGAGAUGCCCGCAAUGGCCAGCCCACCAGAGAGAGCCUCCAGACUCUGCAGCCUCUCAAGGAGAAGGAGAAGGCCCGGAAAAAAACCGUGCGGGGCCUGGGUGGAGACACCGUGGACUCAUCCAUCUUCAGGAAACUGAGGAGCAGUAAGCCUGAGGGGGAAGUAGGGCGACUGGGAGAGACCGAGGAGGGGCGAAGCCCGCCAGAAGCCAGCAGACCGUGGGUCUGCCAGAAGAGCUUUGCCCAUUUUGACGUGCAGAGCAUGCUGUUCGACCUCAACGAGGCAGCCGCCAACAGGGUGUCAGUGGCCCAGAGGCGCAACACCACCACAGGGGCCUCAGCGGCCUCAGCAGCCUCGGCCAUGGUGACCCUCUCGGCGUCCCGGGCCCACAGCCUGGGGACUCUGGACCCGGCCUUCACCAGCACGGAGGAUUUGAACUGCAAGGAGAACCUGGAGCAGGACCUGGGGGAUGACAACAGCAACGAGCUGCUCCUCAGCUGCCCACACUUCCGCAAUGAGAUCGGCGGGGAGCGGGAGCGCAACGUGAGCUUCUCCCGGGCCUCCGUGGGCCCUCCGGGGGGCGGCAGUGAGGCCCACAUCACCGAGCCCACCCUGAGCACCCACCGCACGAACGCCAGCAUCUCCGUGCUGGAGGUCCCCAAGGAGCAGCAGAGGACGCAGAACCGACCGAGGCAGUACAGCAUUGAGCACGUGGACCUGGGUGCUCGCUACUACCAGGACUACUUCGUGGGCAAAGAGCAUGCCAAUUACUUUGGUGUGGAUGAGAAGCUGGGGCCUGUGGCCGUGAGCAUCAAGAGGGAGAAGCUGGAGGACCACAAGGACCAUGGGCCUCAGUACCAGUACAGGAUCAUCUUCCGGACUCGAGAGCUCAUCACACUUCGGGGCUCCAUUCUAGAGGACGCCACCCCUACAGCCACCAAGCACGGGACAGGGCGGGGCCUGCCCCUGAAGGACGCGCUGGAGUACGUCAUCCCAGAGCUCAACAUCCAUUGCCUCCGCCUGGCGCUCAGCACACCCAAAGUCACGGAACAGCUGCUGAAGCUCGAUGAGCAAGGGCUCUGCCGCAAGCACAAGGUGGGCGUCCUGUACUGCAAGGCGGGCCAGAGCUCGGAGGAGGAGAUGUACAACAACGAGGAGGCCGGCCCCGCCUUCGAGGAGUUCCUGGGCCUCCUGGGCGAGAAGGUCUGUCUGAAGGGCUUCACCAAGUAUGCCGCCCAGCUGGACGUCAAGACGGACUCCACGGGGACCCACUCCCUCUACACGACGUACCAGGACUACGAGAUCAUGUUCCAUGUUUCCACCCUGCUCCCCUACACGCCCAACAACAGACAGCAGCUGCUGAGGAAAAGGCACAUAGGAAAUGACAUCGUAACGAUCAUCUUCCAGGAGCCAGGCGCCUUACCGUUCACGCCCAAGAACAUCCGCUCGCAUUUCCAGCACGUCUUCAUCAUCGUUCGAGUCCAUAACCCCUGUACGGAGAAUGUCUGCUAUAGCAUGGCUGUGACCCGAUCCAAAGAUGCUCCUCCUUUUGGCCCCUCCAUCCCUAAUGGAACCACAUUCCGGAAGUCUGAUGUCUUCAGAGACUUUUUGCUAGCCAAGGUAAUUAACGCUGAGAACGCCGCGCACAAAUCCGACAAAUUCCAUACGAUGGCCACCAGAACCCGUCAGGAGUACCUGAAGGACCUGGCUGAAAACUGUGUCUCCAGCACCCCCAUUGACUCCUCCGGCAAGUUCAACCUCAUCUCCCUGACCUCCAAGAAGAAGGAGAAGACAAAGGCCAGGGCGGGGGCAGAGCAGCACAGCGCCGGGGCCAUUGCGUGGCGAGUGUCGGCUCAGGACUACGCCCAGGGAGUGGAGAUCGACUGCGUUUUGGGGAUUUCCAACGAGUUCGUCGUUCUCCUGGACCUGCGCACCAAGGAGGUGGUGUUCAACUGCUACUGUGGGGAUGUCAUCGGCUGGACCCCGGACUCCUCCACACUAAAGAUCUUCUAUGGCCGAGGGGACCACAUCUUCAUACAGGCCGCAGAGGGCUCUGUGGAGGACAUCAGAGACAUUGUCCAGAGGCUGAAGGUGAUGACCAAUGGCUGGGAGACGGUGGACAUGACCCUGCGGCGGAACGGCCUGGGCCAGCUGGGCUUCCAUGUCAAGUACGACGGGACAGUGGCCGAGGUGGAGGACUACGGCUUUGCCUGGCAGGCUGGCCUCCGGCAAGGCAGCCGACUGGUGGAGAUCUGCAAGGUGGCUGUGGUGACUCUGAGCCACGAUCAGAUGAUCGACCUGCUUCGCACCUCCGUCACCGUGAAGGUGGUCAUCAUCCCGCCCUUUGAGGACGGCACGCCCCGGCGGGGCUGGCCAGAGACCUAUGAUAUGAGCACCUCGGAACCCAAGACAGAGUCGGAAACCACCACCCCUGGGGGCCGGCCCCCCUACCGCAGCAAUGCUCCCUGGCAAUGGAGCGGGCCUGCCUCCCACAACUCUCUGCCAGCCACCAAAUGGAGCACCCCCGCUACUCCUGGCCACGUCCAGUCCCUGAGCCGACUCCCGAAGCAGACACCCGUGGUCCCUUUCCGUGAGUCCCAGCCACUGCACAGCAAGAGGCCUGUCAGCUUCCCAGAAACACCUUUCACGGCAUCACCAGCAGGGGCCGACAGAGUUCCUCCCUACCGACAGCCUUCUGGGAGCUUCUCCACCCCAGGCUCUGCCACCUACGCAAGAUACAAGCCGUCUCCCGAAAGGUACACAGCCGCCCCCCACCCGCUGCUGUCAUUUGACCCUCACUUUAUCCACGAUGGGACGUCCAGCGGUGACUCCUCUUCCGGCGGCCUGACCAGCCAGGAGAGCACCAUGGAGCGCCCCAAACCAGAGCCUCUGUGGCACGUGCCAGCCCAGGCCCGGCUCUCAGCCAUGGCUGGAAGCAGUGGCAGCAAGUACCCCUCCAGGCAGGAUGCAGUUGGCAAAGACUCUCCCAACAGACAUUCCAAAGGUGAACCUCAGUACUCAAGCCAUUCCAGUAGCAAUACCCUCUCCAGCAAUGCCUCCAGCAGCCAUAGCGAUGAGCGAUGGUUUGACCCCCUGGACUCCCUGGAGCCUGAGCAGGACCCCUUCUCCAAGGGCGGCUCGAGUGACAGUGGCAUCGACACCACACUCUACACCUCCAGCCCCAGUUGUAUGUCCCUGGCCAAAGCGCCGCGGCCCACCAAGCCGCACAAGCCCCCUGGAAGCAUAGGCCUCUGCGGCGGGGGCCGAGAGCCGGCUGGGAGACCUCACCCUGCAGAGCGAAGACGGGAAGUGUCCCCCGCACCUGUGAUGGCUGGCCAGAACAAGGGCUACCGGCCAAAGCUGUACUCCUCAGGCGCCAGCACCCCUCCAGGCCUAGUGGGCGGCAGCCGAGACCCACCGAGGCAACCAAGUGACAUGGCCUCGAGGGCUGGCUACCCGGCUCAGGUUUACAAAGCAGCCAGCGCAGAGGCUCCUCGGCCCCCCCAGCUGUCUCAGUGCAGCCCCUUCCAGCUCUCCACAUCCGUCCCCAAGUCCUUCUUCCCCAAGCAGCCUGCACACGGCAAGCAUCCAACGGGAUGGAAGAGAACAGACGAGCCCCCACCACGGCCACUCCCCUUUACAGACACUAAGAAACAGGUGGACACCAACGCAAAAAAUGUCUUUGGUCAGCCACGGUUGAGGGCGUCCCUUCGAGACCUCCGGUCCCCACGGAAGAACUACAAGUCUACCAUCGAAGACGACCUGAAGAAGCUCAUUCUCAUGGACAGCCUGGGGCCAGAGCAGGAUCGGGACCCAGGGCAGUCCCCCCAGAAGAGCCUGCAGCGGACGCUAUCGGACGAGAGCCUGUGCAGCGGGCGCAGGGAGCCCAGCUUUGCCAGCCCUGCCAGCCUGGAGCCCGGGCUGCCCAGCGACGUGCUCUUCACCAGCACCUGCACCUUCCCCUCCAGCACCCUGCCCGCCCGCCGCCAGCACCAGCACCCGCACCCGCCCAGCGGGGCGCCCGGCACCAUGGCAGCCGCCGGCAAUGGCUUCCCAGAGAAGAAAUCCGCCAUCUCGUCCUCGGAGCUCUCGCUGGCUGACGGACGGGACCGGCCCCUGCGGCGGCUGGACCCUGGAAUGAUGCCGCUGCCGGACACAGCCGCCGGCCUGGAGUGGUCCAGCCUAGUGAAUGCUGCCAAGGCCUAUGAAGUGCAAAGAGCCGUGUCACUCUUCUCUCUAAAUGACCCAGCCCUGAGCCCCGACAUCCCUCCUGCACACAGUCCUGUGCACAGCCACCUAAGCCUGGAACGGGGCCCACAGACUCCUAGAACCACCCCUACCAUGAGCGAGGAGCCACCCCUGGACCUGACAGGCAAGGUGUACCAGCUGGAGGUGAUGCUGAAGCAGCUUCACACAGACCUGCAAAAGGAGAAGCAGGACAAGGUGGUGCUGCAGUCCGAGGUGGCCAGCCUUCGGCAGAACAACCAGCGCCUGCAGGAGGAGUCGCAGGCUGCCAGCGAGCAGCUUCGCAAGUUUGCCGAGCUCUUCAGCAGGGAGAAGAAGGAGCUCUGAGGCCCCCUGGGCUGGCCUGGGCUAGCCUAGGCCUCCGGAGCUGGCACCCUGGGCUAGCCUGGCCUCCUGAGCUGGCACCCUGGGCUAGCCUGGGCCUCCCGAGCUGGCAGGCAGUGGGCCUCUGGUCGCAGGGGUGAAGGUCAUCCAGCCACAGCCCCGCACCCACUGCCCCGCAACCUUCCCAAGGGACUUGGGAAUUCCAGGCCCUGGGAGCUGGCCUGGCCCCCACCUCAGGCCCCUCUCAGCCGCUCCCUGCUGGCCCUGCAGGAACCUGUUCCUAGGACCCAGCUGCCUGGCUGUGAUGGUGGGAGGGCCCAGGAGCCCUGCAUGAGAACUCUGGAAUGAAACGAGCCCUUUCUCCCCACCUCCUGAGGGUCUGGGCUCCUCUGUCCUCAGCGUGCUGGCUCCAGGCAGCGUGGAUAGAGCCCUCCAGUCUCCCCCUCCAUACAGCAGCCAGGAGCACUUUCAUAGAGUUUAAAUUAUUUUCCUGGGGCCCCAGAGUGGGCAGGAACCGCUGGCAUCCAGACCCACUCCUUGGAGAAACCCUGUUUGUACAGUUAGGACUGUUUAUACGAUCUUUUCUAGCAGCUCUUCUCCAGCAGCCACGGGCCCUCUGCCUUCCAGCUCUGACCCGGCCAGCCCUGGGGCUCCUCCCCAGCGCGGCUAGGCCACUGCCUGCCGCUCCAGAGGCUGCGCGAGCAGGGACAGGGCCGAGGCUACAGCCUCCUCCUGUCUGGUCCUCCUUUCUUUUGCAAGUCUCCCUGGUCACACUCCAGCCCUCGGCGGCCAGACACACUCACUGUGCUCCCCCGAGUGUUCACAGUGCAGCCCCCAGGCGCUGACUCUCCAAAGGCAAUAAGGGGCAGCUCAGUGUGGACCCAUGCUGCUCACCCAGGAAACACAGCCCCCCCCCUUUGAAAACAAACAGAAAAGAAUAUAUAUAUAUAUAUAUUUAUUUUUUCAUGUAGAGUUGUGCUGGAACAAGUUUAAACGACCACAGUCUAUGGAUUCCCCAACCGCAGGGUCAAGACAUAUCCCCAUGGGCUGGGGGUCAGUGUGGGGACCCAGAGGGUUAUGGGGCACAGGCAGGGAGCAGUUGGCAGCAUGGAUUGGGCGCAGAGUCGUGGCUAGGUGGCCCAGCCCUCAGCCCUGGACCCAUCACCACCCCUGUGGGCCCGAGACCUCUUUGGAAGGGCUCUGAGACUGCACCCAACAGGCCCUGCUCGCCAGGCCCAGGGCGGGGCCUGAGGAAAUGUACCCACAGCUCCCUGUGACCCGCCUCUGGCCCUGGGGAACUCCGGGUCGCCAGGGAACGGCCUGUUUCCUCCCACCGUGGAAUGAUAGUGGCAGACCAGGCCACCCAGUGUCCUCCGCCCUGGCCAACUACUGUGAUGUCCCUUUCCUGAUCCCUUUUCUGAAGGGUUCUCAAGCCCCUGCCCCUCCCUCUUCUUUUAGACCCGACCUGGAGCCUGCCCCUCCCCCUUCCUUCCCUCCUUUCAUUUCUUUCUUUAAUGUGUCUCCUAGUAUCUUUGGAUCAUUCAAAUCACUUUGGGGACCUAAUCAUGUACAUUGACAAUUGUAAAUUAUAAUUUUUGGUUUUGUUCUAUUAUUUUUGUAAGAAUUUCUGCAAAAAUCUAUUUAAUUUGAGGUUGAUGUUCUGUCUGAUGGCUGGAGAUAGCAGCAGGCUUUUUUUUUUCCCCAUGUUGAUUUGUUCCAUUUGGAUUUUUUAUCAUUCUUUAUUGGUUUUUUUUCCUCCCCUUCUUCCCAUCCCUGUCUUGAGAUUUCUGGCAUGUUUCAGGAGGUUUCAAAGGAAAUAAACAUUUCAUAGAGA